AGUAAUGCCUCGGCUCCCAGAAACGUGAUCAUAAUUUUGUUUCACAGGCACCUGAGUAGUUAAUAAAGUGAGUUACUUGUCUGCAUUAAAUUGUUUCUAAACGAGCUUUGUACAGUGUAACGAAUAUUAGUUGGACAUCUAACCGUCCAACCAUGGUGCAGAAGAGAAUGUCGCCCAAUCUGACCAUUUCCCCGAGGGCUGUGUUGGUCAAUACUGCCUUUGGUUUCUUUGUGGUAAUUUCCAGUACUCAAUCGACUUUUCCCGAAACUGUCCAUGAUGAAUCUUUGAAUAAGCAGUCGGAAAAAUGCCCCCCAAUGCUUGUAAAAGGAAGAGUACAACAUGCAACAGACUGUGCCCUGGUCUUCAUAACACCAGACAGAACUGAUCAUUUGUUGCUGCCGUCGACCUAUACUGCCACCGAUCUGGAUGCCUGUUUGAACAAUAGUGUCCUGGCUGCAAACCUCACUGAACUGGGAAGCUUAGCCUUUAACAAUGAUCAAAUUUUUGUUAUUAAAAGAAAACUGGGAGAGAUAUACCCCAGAGGACUUCCUCAAGAAGAAAUUAAGAAGUUGGGAAUAAUCAUGACUGUGUACACCAUUGAAGAGAUUAGCCAGUGGAAUAUAACUGAUCCUUCUGUGCUUGCAGAAGCAGUACAGAACAGUGGAAGUGCUGAAAUGACUAAUUCAUUACGGUCACACUACGUGAAAGGGCUUGGGGUAUUAGAUGUAAAUGCAUUAAAUGCAAUUGGUGGCACAAUGUUGUGUACAGCCAGUGAGGAGAAGCUAGAAACCAUUUCUCCCACUGAACUCAGGAAAGUGAAACCACUUGAUAUUUCCACAUGUUCUCAGACAAAAAAAGAAAUAAUUUUUGGGAUUGCUAAGCUUGCAUUCCAGGAUCAAACUGGUAACCUGAAAACCUACUAUUGCUCAAUCAAGCCGUACAUUGGUGGUGCCAAAGCAGCUGAUCUUCGGAAUUUCGCUGUUAGUAGGAUCAACAUGGACUAUGAGACAUUUGAAGGACUCAAUCCAACCGAAGUAGAAAAACUCUCUGCUCAGAGACUACGUGGUCUUCUUGGAAGAAAUCUUAAUUCCCUGAAAGAAAAUGAAAACCAGGAAAUAGUGAGGCGUUGGGUUCGCUCACACACAGCAGCAGAGGUUAUGAGUCUGGGAAUUGGACUUCAAAGAGGACGAUCUUCAGCAGGCCUGGGAAUCUUCCCCUUUCAGGAUAUGGUCAUACCAGGUUACGUACUGAAUAGUUUAGCUUCAGUCAAGAACAGUAAUCUUUUGCCUUCCAUUUUCAUUGCUGUGACAGGAAUCAUAUUGCAGUACAUUUGAUUCACUGAGAUUUGGCCUGUCCCUGCUGUCUGGCAUGUUAAAUGGAAAAUAUCAGAACUUCUGGCAUCAGGAGUCCAGACAGGGAUACACAUACAAGGAAGAUGAUGUUUGUAACAACCCACUCUGGGCUAGCUUUUACAUUUUCCAGAUGAGUCUCCCACUAGGUACAAAUUCUGAUAAUAGCUUUGGAUUGUCACUGGAAAUAUAGUGAAUUCCCUCAGCUGUGCAGCUGCUCUGCAGCUAUAACCUAACUGAAGAGAUGUGGGAACCUUACUUUGGGAUGAGCUCCAUGGAAAUUCUUAGUUUGCAUUCCAACUGUCUAUUUGGUCCAUCAGUAAAUUGUCAAGCAAUGUCCAGCCUGGGCCUGAGGCCUACUCUGGCCUAAAUCCUGUCACUGCCUUCCACCUGCAACAUAGUGUUUAUCAUUAAAGCUUGAUCGAUAUUUAUGUAAGAUCUUCUUUCCUCUCUUUAGAGUCAUGGGGAGGGGAUUGGGCUGCUUUCUCUUGCAUAGUGUUUGUAGUGAAAACAUAGAUGUGCAUGUGAAAAAAAAGCAUGACCUCAUUAUAAACAGUGAAUAAAGGUGGCUAAUGAUUCAA